AUGACGAAGACCAAGUGUCCGCACUACGGACGGCGCUGCUUCGUGCUGGCGGAAUGCUGCGACAACUGGGUCGGCUGUCGACUCUGCCACGACCAGCAGCUUGGCAGCCACCACUUGAUCGACCGAUUUGCCAUCGAAUGGAUGCGCUGCAACGUCUGUCAGACCGAACAGCCGUGCGCCCAGGUGUGCGUCGUCUGUUGCACGACAAUGGCUGCUUACUUUUGCCCCGUCUGCCACUUGUUUGACGACAAAGGGCGAGAGAAGCAGAUCUUCCACUGCAGCCAAUGCGGCAUCUGUCGAGUGGGCGGACGCGAGAACUAUUACCAUUGUGUCACGUGCUGUGGCUGUUACCCGCACUCGAUCCGGACCAAACACCGAUGUGUGGAAGCAUCGAUGCAUCACGAUUGCCCCAUUUGUCUUGAAGUCACGUUCGACUCGCUCGAAACUGUAAACGUGCUGCCGUGUGGCCACGUCCUGCACUCGAAGUGCUAUGACCGAUACGUCAAGCACGGCAAUACUGCGUGUCCAACUUGCCGGGCAAGAAUGCGAGGCGGGGCUGGAAACAACCGACAGCCGGACAACGGGAUCUACAGAUGGUGA